CGUCGCGGGGCGGGGCAGAUGAGCGGUGUCUGUCAGGGCUUCAGCUCUACGCCCCCGACCGCCGCCCCCUCCCCCGUGGUCGCGUCGUGGCCACCUCUCGCUGGCCUUGAGAGGGGACAGGUGACGGCCGGGGCUCCGGGUGGCGGCUCAGCCUCCUGGCAUCUCUCCCCAGCCGCUUCUCCGAGCCAGCCGCUGUCCUCGAGCGGGUCCCGGCCGCGGGAAGAUGGCGGCCGCGCCCCGCGGCGUCUGGGAGCAGCGGCGCCUGGGCUGUGGGGCGAGACCCUUGGCGCGGCUGCUCGUCCUUGCGCAGGCGCUGCUGCUGCUGCCCGCCGCCUGGGCCGGCCCGUGCCCCGCGCCCUGUGCCUGCCGCCUUCCUCUGCUGGACUGCAGUCGCAGGAAGCUGCCCGCGCCCAGCUGGAGGGCACUGGCAGGCCCGCUGCCCCCCGACACCUCCAGCCUGGAUUUGAGUCAUAAUCGGUUGUCUAUCUGGAACAUCAGCUUGGAAUCACAAACAUUACAAGAAGUGAAAAUGAAUUACAAUGAGCUAACAGAGAUCCCAUAUUUUGGAGAACCAACACUUAAUAUUACUCUGCUUUCAUUAGUCCAUAAUUUAAUACCAGAAAUAAAUGCAGAAGCAUUGCAGCUUUACUCUGCUCUCGAGAGUUUAGACCUCAGUUCGAAUAUAAUAUCAGAAAUCAAGACAUCUUCAUUUCCUCAGAUGUCGCUGAAAUACCUGAAUUUAAGUAAUAAUAGGAUAACUACAUUGGAGGCCGGUUGCUUUGACAACUUAUCAGGUUCUUUAUUGGUGGUAAAAUUAAACCGGAACCGAAUUAGCAUGAUUCCACCUAAAGUCUUCAAGCUGCCUCAUCUCCAAUUCUUGGAACUAAAAAGAAACAGGAUUAAAAUCAUAGAAGGUCUUACAUUCCAAGGACUUGAUUCCUUACGCUCAUUGAAAAUGCAACGAAAUGGAAUUAGCAAACUCAAAGAUGGAGCAUUUUUUGGGUUGAAUAAUAUGGAAGAAUUAGAACUGGAACAUAACAACCUUACAGGAGUGAAUAAGGGGUGGCUGUAUGGCUUGCGAAUGUUACAGCAACUGUAUAUGAGCCAGAAUGCUAUUGAAAGAAUCAGCCCUGAUGCAUGGGAGUUCUGCCAGAGACUAUCUGAACUGGAUUUGUCCUAUAACCAGCUGACCCGCCUUGAUGAAUCUGCCUUUGUGGGUUUGAGUUUACUGGAGAAAUUGAAUUUAGGGGACAAUAGAGUCACUCAUAUUGCUGAUGGUGUAUUUAGGUUUCUUUCCAAUCUUCAGACAUUAGAUUUGAGAAAUAAUGAAAUUUCAUGGGCCAUUGAAGAUGCUAGUGAAGCUUUUGCUGGACUCAAAAGUCUCACUAAAUUAAUCUUGCAAGGAAACCAGAUUAAGUCAAUUACACAGAAAGCAUUCAUUGGUCUUGAAUCCCUUGAGUAUUUAGAUUUGAACAACAAUGCUAUAAUGUCUAUCCAAGAAAAUGCUUUUUCUCAGACUCACUUAAAGGAACUUGUUCUGAACACAAGCAGUUUGCUCUGUGAUUGUCAUUUGAAGUGGCUACUUCAGUGGCUGGUGGAUAACAACUUUCAUCACUCUGUGAAUGUGAGCUGUGCACAUCCUGAAUGGUUAGCAGGACAAAGCAUCCUGAAUGUGGACCUGAAAGAUUUUGUCUGUGAUGAUUUUCUGAAGCCUCAGAUAAGGACACAUCCCGAAAGCACAGUUGCUUUAAGGGGUGUCAACGUGACUCUGACAUGCACUGCAGUGAGCAGCAGUGAUUCACCCAUGUCCACUGUGUGGCGCAAGGACAGUGAGAUCCUGUAUGAUGUGGAUGUUGAGAACUUUGUUCGUUAUCGUCAGCAGGAUGGAGAAGCUUUGGAAUAUACCAGUGUAUUGCACCUCUUCAGUGUGAACUUCACAGAUGAAGGGAAAUACCAGUGUAUUGUUACUAAUCACUUUGGCUCUAAUUAUUCACAGAAAGCCAGACUGACUGUGAAUGAGAUGCCGUCUUUUCUGAAGACUCCAAUGGAUCUAACUAUUCGCACUGGUGCCAUGGCCAGAUUAGAAUGUGCUGCAGAGGGGCACCCUGCACCUCAGAUUUCCUGGCAGAAAGAUGGUGGCACUGACUUUCCUGCAGCUCGAGAAAGACGAAUGCAUGUCAUGCCUGAGGAUGAUGUCUUCUUCAUUGCCAAUGUGAAGAUAGAAGACAUGGGAAUCUACAGCUGCAUGGCACAGAAUAUAGCAGGAGGCCUCUCAGCAAAUGCCUCACUCACUGUGUUAGAGACACCCUCAUUCAUUAGACCUCUUGAGGACAAGACCGUCACCCGAGGUGAAACGGCAGUAUUGCAGUGCAUAGCUGGAGGGAGUCCUGCUCCUCGCCUCAAUUGGACCAAAGAUGAUGGACCGCUCUUAGUAACAGAACGACACUUCUUUGCUGCAGCCAAUCAGCUUCUCAUCAUUGUAGAUGCUGGGCUAGAAGAUGCUGGAAAAUAUACCUGCAUUAUGUCUAAUACUCUUGGGACAGAACGGGGACAUAUUUACUUAAAUGUCAUUUCAUCCCCCAAUUGUGACUCUUCUCAGAAUAGCAUUGGACAUGAGGAUGAUGGUUGGACCACAGUUGGCAUUGUCAUCAUUGUUGUGGUCUGCUGUGUCGUGGGCACUUCUUUGAUCUGGGUUAUUGUUAUUUACCACAUGAGAAGGAAGAAUGAAGACUACAGUAUCACAAAUACAGAGGAACUUAAUUUGCCUGCAGACAUUCCCAGCUAUUUGUCUUCCCAAGGAACACUGUCUGAACCACAGGAAGGCUACAGCAACUCUGAGGCAGGCAGUCAUCAGCAACUUAUGCCUCCUGCCAAUGGAUACAUACACAAAGGCACCGACGGUGGCACUGGUUCCCGGGUGAUCUGUUCAGAUUGUUAUGACAAUGCCAACAUCUACUCAAGGACCCGAGAAUACUGUCCAUACACCUAUAUUGCUGAGGAGGAUGUUUUAGACCAGACCCUGUCCAGCCUCAUGGUUCAGAUGCCCAAAGAGACAUUUUUGUCACAUCCUCCCCAAGAUGCUGCUGCUCUGGAGAGUCUGAUACCAUCAACAGAGAGAGAACUGCCUGCCUUUCCCACAAACCAUGAAAGGAUGAAUGAGAAGCUUCCCUUCUCACAGAGGAGCAAUGAAAUAUUUCAGCGGCCUCUGUGGAACAUGAACAGAGAAGUAGGCCUACCUCCCUUUUCCCAGCAGCCUGUCCUUGAGACACCACAGCUUCAGCAACACGAGGGCCUGGCAGAGAGAGAUCCAAACUGCUCUUCACCUGUGUCCUGCCACAGGUUACAUGACCACACUUUCGAUUUCAGUAGGACUCGGAACAUUCAAGACGGUAGUGAGGGCACAUGAAGGUGCUCCAGGGAAGAAAUCUCAACAGAGACUCAAGUUAGUUACUUUGCUACCUCAGAGCUGAGAAGAACCCCCAAAGUCAGCAUUUGCAUUACUCUUUGCUUCGAAUUAAUAUCUUAACAACACCAAAGUAGCCCUGAUGUUUGUUUGGGCUUAACACCUGACGAAGAAAAGGUAGUGGCUGACAGAAAUGUACCACAGAAAUGUGUACCAUGUUGAGAGUACACAGCCUGGCAAAAGAUGAUACAGUCAAAUGUUCUUGCAGAUGGCCCUACAGGGAUGUGCCCACAUGUGCACUGCCUGUCAUGAAGAGUGUCAUUGCUGCUUAGAUGACUGGCUUGCUCCAGUCCUCAGAAUGCUCAUAAGAAAGCAUCACUAUUUUGAUAUUCUACUUUGCCUUAGAAGGCAAGGAGCAGAGGUAUUGCCCAAGCUCUUCUAAGUCUGACUGGGAUUCCUGUGGUGUUGAGUACAGAGUGGAGGCUGAGCUUUGAUAUUCAAGGUCUUCAGCUAGAAUCCAAGUUUUGCUGACUGGUACCAGACAAAGCCUUUUGUAUUCUUGCGGGUUUUGUGUGUAUGUGUUGUAUAUUUGUUUGGCCCUUUAACCAGGGGUGUUAAUUGUAAAUAUAUGUGCAUUUAUAAAUAAUUUUUCUACUCAUUGA